UUGCUGGCCGCCAUUACCAACAUGGCGUCCAUCAUUGGUUCGGAAGUUGAGAUUCAAGAAGUAGAGGUUGAAUCAAUCCCUGUUGAAGUGCCGAUAGAGACAGUUGAAACGACCGAUGAAACAAUUGAAGUGCAACCUAUGAUAGCUUUACAACCCUUGCCAGAUGGACAGGAAGAAAUAAUUUUACAAACUCGUGAAGAAGUUGUCGGUGAUCCAAACCUCGUGUAUGUUGACAGUAUACCUGUUCCUGCGCCUGAAAUAGAAGUGUCUACAGAAGAAAUUUGUACCUACAGAAAAGGCAAAGGGAGUAAAAAGAAAGGAAGUCGUUCAAAAAAUUACGUUAGUGCUGGAACACUAGGAGAAUUGAACUUUGAUUCGCCUUCAUCAUCGAAGAAAUGGGAACAAAAACAGGUUCAAAUAAAAACUUUGGAAGGAGAAUUUUCAGUAACAAUGUGGGCUACGGGUGGGGAUGACAAAAUAAAACUGGAAGAUGAGGUAUCAGAAACAGAUGCUGACUUCACAGAAUAUAUGACUGGCAAAAAACUCCCACCUGGUGGUAUACCUGGACUUGAUUUAAGUGACCCAAAGCAACUUGCAGAAUUUGCCAGUCUCCAGCCAAGAGACAUGCAGUUGCUACAGCACUCAAGAAUAAAGCCAAGAAAACCUGCAGAUGAUGUGCCAAGAACAGUUCCUUGUCCACAUAAGGGUUGCAAUAAAAUGUUUCGUGAUAACUCAGCCAUGCGCAAACAUCUACAUACGCACGGACCAAGGGUACAUGUCUGUGCAGAAUGUGGGAAAGCCUUUGUUGAAAGUUCCAAGUUAAAACGGCACCAGCUUGUCCACACAGGGGAGAAACCAUUUCAGUGUACAUUUGAAGGUUGUGGGAAAAGAUUUUCACUGGACUUCAACUUACGGACACAUGUUAGAAUACAUACAGGGGACAGACCAUAUGUUUGUCCAUUUGAUGGCUGCAAUAAAAAGUUUGCACAGUCUACCAACCUCAAGUCACAUAUACUAACACAUGCUAAAGCAAAUGCUGUUUCAAAUACAGAAAAGAUAAUGACAUUUGAUGAUGGUUUAGUAUUAAGUCAAGCAUCUGCUUACCAACUGCCUAAUCAAGAAACAACAUUAAUUGGUUAUGCAUAUGAAGAGCAAUGAAGGAACAAUAUUAGAUGUAUAUAAAACAUUUAGAUUUUAUUUGCAAAUGACCGUAUAUUGUUUUUGGUGAUUUGUCUUCACCAUAAAGUCAGGAAGACAGUAUGUGUUCAGUAGUAAGGAAGAGAUGAUGAUCCACAGGGAUACAUUGGGAUAUCAAGAUGAUUAGAUCAAGCUUGUCGUCACUGAAGUUUCACAGAUUAUUUGUUUGCUGAAAUUGUUUCCCCUGUAAUAUGAUUUAUAUAGAUUUCUAUGGCUUCUCAUUCUAAGGAAAAUAUGGGGAAAAUAAUCAUUUGUAGAUAAGUUCAUAUGUCAUACUGCUAUUUGUUCAUGUCAUAGACGGCUAAAAUUAGGGCUGCUAUUACAAAAGUAAACAUGAAAAAUGAUUGGGUCAGAUUGUAAUAUUUCUUGGAAAUGGGCUAGUUCAUGUUUCUAUACUUCCAAUCUCAUUGAAAAUGCAUAAAUGUAAAUGUUAUCUUUAUUAUGUCACAAUUAAUGUACUAUUCUUGAAUAAUGAAUGCAAUUUAUUUAUUCUGUAGCAUAAUGUUUAAAAUGUAUUUUAAAUUGUGUAAAAAACAAUUGAUUUUGGAAUAUUUAUUGUCCAGUUUAAAUUAUUUUAACACCAAUACAAUUUGAGCUGUGCUUCUAAUUAAUAUUAUUAUACAUAUGUAAGGUAACAUCCACUUCAAUCACUUAAACAUAAAAAAAGUUUUAGAAUGGUAUAUAUUUCAAUAUUAACCUUGCCAAUUUGAAGUGCUCAAAGAUAUAAAUAGUUGUGUCAAAAUUUAAUAUAUAAAACAUGUAAUUUAUCUGUUUUUUUUUAAUUUGAAAUUUAGAACCUUUAAAUUGUUCAGCUAUGAUAAAGAUUACUUAAGAAAUCAGUCAUUAAAUAUUCUUUAACUUUUAGAAAAAAGAUAAUUAAUCAGAUUAACAGCUUUUAUUAUGUUGAUCUUUUAUUGUAUGAUUUAACAUUACAUGAAUAUAGUGGACAGUGGUUUUUGUUCAGGACUGUUCUUUUAAGGUAAAACGAAGCACAUGAAACACUUUACAACCUCUUGUACAAUUUUAUGUCACAUACUUCUUUUAAAAAUGAAAACUCACAAAAUGCUGUUGUUUUUUUAAAGUGCUACCCUGAAGCACCAUGUAUAUUCCUAAGAGAACAGUCUAUGGACAUUAACAUUUCUCUGUAAAAGAUGAUUGCAGAUAAAGUUCAUUGUAAGCUGUAUAGACAUUUUGUACAUGUAUUUAUUAAUUCAUUGUCAUUCAUACAGAAGCAUUAAUUGUAAGUUAAUGUCCUUAAGACAUUGGCAAACUGAGAUUAUUAUGUUGCUAUUCUUUAUAAGAAUGGGUAUUGUCAGUGCUAAUGCAAGCAGUUAAAAUGUGAUUAAAGAAAAGAAGAGAA